AUGAGCCUCACUCAAAAAAUCAUGGCAACGACGCAUCAUAAGAAUUACCUCAACACCAUACUUCAGCACCUCUUUCUUGACGUUCCACCACUUGAAUACAAGUACGAUCAGGAUCCCACCUGCUGGCAGUGUGCUAUAUAUUUGGACAGUGUACAUAUUGGCACCGGGGAAGGUAUCAAUAAGCAACAUGCAUCUGAAGGCGCAGCGGAGAGUGCUGCUAUCUAUUUGCGUGGCCAAUACCCCGAGGCCUUCCGGUAG